AGGCGCUCUACCACGUACAACAUGGACAUUGAACCGUGCAUGAGGUCGCCCACGAGAACCAAUGCCAAGCCAUGUUUGAAACGGAACGUUAUGGGCUCAAAUCAUCUGACCGGAGUCUUGCAAGGUAUUGAGCGUUGACUUGUUGUACUCUAUUGCCAACAUGGUAUAUACCACAGGAUGGAGAUAGAUGUUCUUCUCUGGGUCGAAGGAACGCCAUGUUCGUUCCCCCAAAAUUCAAGCUCCAGUCUUCAUCCGCUAUCGUGAGCGGAGUCAAGCUAUCACGGCGGCUCCACCACAAGAAACGGGAAACAAGCAACAAGAAACCAUAUAAAAUACCCCAUAUUAACCAUAUUAUAAUACCUCUGCUGGCGCUAGUGCUGCCGCCGCCGCUGCCAUGCCAUCAGCAUCUCCAUUCCCUGCUUCCACAGCCACCGCAGGCGAGGGCCGUGUGGUGGCCAAACUCCUACCAUCGGGCGUCUCGGGCAUCGAGAAGCUCGCGUACCGAUACCCACUCAAGCUCAUCACACCACCACGGCCAACGGACCGGCAGAGCGUGCUCGUCUUCUUGCUGUCCUACGGCGGCGGCCUCGUUGCCGGCGACCAGGUCGCGCUGGACAUUGACGUGCAGGCCGGCGCGAGGGUCAGCAUCGUGACGCAGGGGUAUACAAAAGUCUUCAAGUCGCCGAGCUGCGACGUCGUGACCCGCCAGGAGCUGCGGGUCCGCAUCGCCGACGAUGCCGCCCUCUGCCUGCUGCCCGACCCCGUCCAGCCCUUUGCCGACAGCGUCUACGAGCAGGCUCAGACCUUUCGCCUGGCCACGUUGCGCUCGUCCCUGUGCAUGCUGGACUGGGUCUCGCAGGGCAGGGCCGCGCUCGGCGAGGAGUGGGACUUCAAGCGCUGGGCGGGGAAGAACGAGGUCUGGGCCUGCGCCGGCGCCGGCCCUGCUGAUAAAGAUGAAAAAGACAGGCUGCUGGUGCGGGACGCCAUUGUGCUCGAUCAUGAGAGCGCAGGAAAGUACGCCGAAUCGCUGAGGGCGUCGAUGCAGGGCAACGGCGUCUUUGGCACGCUGAUACUUCGGGGCCCGCUAAUGGGUCAGCUCGGGGAGUUCUUCCUGUCAGAGUUCGCCGCGCUUCCGAGGCUCGGCGCGCGGGACUUCAGGACGCCCGAGGCGGUGGCCAAGGCGGCGAAUAUGGGCCCCGCGAAAUCGCCGCUGGAGAAGUGGCGGGCUACGAGGUUGGACAUGGAGCGGAGGCACAAGGUGCUCUGGUCUGCCGCCAAUGUGAGAGGUUGCGUCACCGUCAAGUUUGGUGCCGCCGAGGUCGAGGGUGGUAGGGAGUGGAUUGGCAGCAUGCUCGAGCAGGAUGGGAGCGUGAUUGAGCACUUUGGAGCCCAUGCACUAUUGUGUCUCCGUUGAUAAGGUUUAUGCAUUCCUUCUCUUCUUUUUCUCCGCUGGCCAACGAAACGUCAUUGUUCCAGCUAGGAACUUGCGGCACUCCUAAGUCUUCGGCCAUUGUUCCGUGUAACAACGAAUAUCAAACCUGUGGGGUGGAUAUGGACUGAGCCGCUGUCGAUUGGUGGACAGGAGCACACUAGGUUGUUCCAGUUGGGGAUACUUCAGUUGGGCAUAAACACCCAACGUGCAGACUUCGACAUUAUUCUUUGCUGCAUGGCCAGACACAGCUUGUAAUGGUAGCAGCGGGAAUUAGAGGCUUAUACUAGAGGCUAUCGCAGCGGCAUGCUGACAACUCUAGGGCUGCGGGCUAAACCAGCAGCCAAGGGAUGUCAGGAGAUCCGGGCCUAAUGCAAGCUGUACACGUUUUUUGUGCAGUCUAUAUGCGACCACUUCUUGUUGGUCGGCUUAGAUGCCGAACACUACUGGGUAGACGACGGGUGUUUUAUGAUAUAGACCAUGAGACCAUUUCCCGUUAUCACCCCCUUUCCGAGAUCAACGGUGCAUGCAUACGCGUUGGAAUUUAGACUUCUGACACCCCCAGUCCAAAACCCUGAUGAUGGUUUCUAUGGUUCACUUGCACAAAAUGCAUAGUUGUAUACGGCAACCAUGUGGGAUAUGUGCAACUUGGUGUUUUUCUUUCGUAUUAGUG